AUGAAACUGCCGUUCCACAGCGUGCAGGUCUGUGGCGACGUCCUGUUCGCCGCAAGGGGCGGAAACCUGCACUCAUUCAAGCUCACGGACGGCUCUCACAUCUCGAGCUGGAAAUACCCGUUGGAGAAGAAGUCUGGCGUUCUCAGACCAGAGGACCGGCUGGUCAUCAGUGUUUCCGAGGAGUCAACUCCCAACCCCUCGCAAGACGGCUAUGACGGACCACCUGCAAAGCGUGUGAAGCUCGACGCAGCCAUCUCAGGCGCUGGGGAGAACGGGAAGCAGGCAGGUGUACCAUCAGCCGGGGACGACAACAGGAACAAGCAAGGAAACCAGAGCAAAGACACACCCAACGGGAAGAGGGGAAAGGUCGCCAAUCCUCGCCCCGGACCCAGGUCGCAGCCGUCAGAGCGGCCCAUGGUCAUCAUCUUGACUGCUGCAGCCGACGGAAAACACAUCGUCGCCGUCACCCAAUGCAAGUCUAUCUGGGUGUUCGAGCACGAUGGACUCGGAAACUUAAAGCAGCUCAGCCGUAGGAUCAUGCCCAAGCGCCCAUGCUCCCUCGUGAUCACGCCCGACAACCAGACCAUCCUGUCGGCAGACAAGUUCGGCGACGUCUACUCUGUGCCUUUGAUCCCAUCACAGGACCCAGAGCAACCUAAGGAGGACUCCCCGGCGGCAGCGUCUCCCAGCCUGGCACCACCAGAGGAGAAGCCCUUCAAGUCGCAGGCCAACGAGCUGACGGUCCACACGAAGCGCAACCGCCAGGCCCUCCUGGACCAGCACAUCAGCGCCAAAGCCGCCAAGCGCGGCGGCGGCGCGCAGAAGGCCGAGGUCCCCGCCUUCGAGCGCACGCUCCUGCUGGGCCACGUCUCCCUGCUGACGGCGGUGGCGCUGGGCCACGACGCGCAGGAAAGGCCGUACAUCAUCACGGCGGACCGCGACGAGCACAUCCGCGUCAGCAGGGGCACCGCGGAGCAGGCGCACGUCACCGAGGCGUUCUGCAUGGGCCACAGCGAGUUCGUCAACCGGCUCUGCAUUCCCGACGGCGCCGAGGGUCUGGGCCACCUGCUGGUCAGCGGCGGCGGCGACCCGGACCUGUUCGUCUGGGGCUGGGCGGAGGGAAAGCUACUGACCAGGGCGCCGCUGCUGAGCGCUGUCAGGGGGGUGCUCCCCGGGGCGGGCAAGGUCGCCGUGACGGGGCUGGCGCAUUGGAAGGGGAGGCCAGCCGAGGGAGCGGAGCAGGGCGCGACUAUUCUGGUUGUUUGCGAGCGUGUGCCUGCGAUAUUCCUGUUCACCCUGAAAGCAACUGGCACCCUGGACUACGCGCGCAAUAUCAGCCUCCCUGGCAACCCGCUUGAGGUUGAAGUUGUAGAUGGCGACAAGCUAGUGGUUGCAGUUGAACCUACCAGGUCAGAAAGUGGAGAGUACGAUUUGAGCAAGUCUCUACUGAAGGUCGAACACAUGGGAGAACAGUACCAAGUCACUGACGGGCUGGUCGGUCAUGUCCCAGACCUCGGCGAGCACGAAACAGACCUCGCGGAAGAUGAGUUGCAAACGUUGCUGUUCAACGCGGAAAACCUGCGUAAGACAGACUCUGAGGAGGGUCUAGCAGAGGUAGAGUAG